ACACUGGGGCCGCUCCGCCCUGCGAACGCCAGAUAGAAAACUGUCUGUGGGCCGGAGCAGAGGGAUGAAACAAGUGGAAGGAGAUGUAGCCGACAGGCACACAUUAAUUACUCUAACGCACGCACUACACCUCGUCGGCUCCACUCCUUUCUCGGUACGCUGUAGCAUCCUCCUCUUUGCAUAAUAACACACGGCAAGCGAUCGUUUUUGCGGCGCUGCGUCGGAGCUUCAUGGCCGCAACACUCACGAUGAGCGGCGGCGUGCAGGAGGAUCCCUUCUACCCGCUGCAGAAGGCGAGUCUGCCCGCUGGGUUCCCCUUGGAGGACUCGGCGUUGUUCGGCUUGGAUUGCAAGAUCACCGAAGCAGACAAGGCUGGACAAAAUGAUUACGCACAGGCAAAGUGUGAGAUGGACAGGUAUCUCUCCCCUCAGCCUCUUCCACUUCCAAACCCUGCAGACAACCAGCAGAAGUCACUCAGAGACAGCUCGUCAGCAGUGGAUCAGUUCUUCACUGACGCUGGGGCUCCCUAUACCCUCAACAUGAAUCUUUAUCUCCCUGACGUCGGCUACCUGAGGAUGGGCUUGUGCCAGCAGGUGCGGUCCCCUCAACACCAGAACCACCCGAGUCUCACUCACAUUAAAACAGAAUCUCCCUCCUCGUGUUUUUCCUCUAACCUGCAGCCCCACUGCCCCGGCACUACGCCCACAAGUAGCUGCAGCACAUCCGGCCACGGCCCUGGCAGUAUGGCCAUGGAAAACUCCGCCACAAACAUGACAUUAACUGGGUUACCAGAAUUCACCAGUGUUUUCAAUCAGCUGGGAGGCAGCCGCGGUGGCGAUUCACUGCCAGAAGUGUAUGUCAAACAGGAAAUGUCACCACAGUUUGAGCAGCACGCUCUCCACCACCACCAUGACAACAGCGGCUCGCUGUUUCAGCUCCUAAACUCUGGCUUGGAUCAUCGCCAUAGCAAUGGCAUGGAGGCUCAGCAUCAUCAUCACCAUCAGCAGCAGCAGCAGCAACCGAUCCAACACACUACCACGAUGCACACACCUUUUCAUGAUUUGCCAGUAGCUACUUCUGCUUCUCAACAAGAGCAAACUGUCAAGCCUGCCUACCGCUGUCUAGGUGGUGGGGUAUACACACAUCCUCAUUCUCAGGCACAUCCCCAAUUCCUCCAGCAGCAGGUGCCCUACCUGCCACCCUCUCCGCCAAACUCAGAGCCCGGCAGCCCUGACAGGCAGAAGGAGCUGCUCCACAACAUGUCACCUCCUCCGUCGUAUGCUGCCACCAUCGCCUCCAAGCUUGCAGGUAGCACACCCGGACUUGGACCUGGCCCGGGACCAGGUGGCUUAGCUCUGCCCCACCCUACAGGCCCCACACCAGUCCCAGGCCCAGCCACAGUCCUUCCUCAAGCCCACACGACAACACCAACCCCAAAUCCAGCACAGAACGCGGUGGCUGUCCGCUACAACCGAAGGAACAACCCCGACUUAGAGAAACGACGGAUCCACCACUGUGAUUACCCAGGCUGCAAGAAGGUCUACACCAAGUCGUCCCAUUUGAAAGCACACCUCAGGACUCACACUGGCGAGAAGCCGUACAGGUGUACGUGGGACAGCUGCGACUGGCGUUUUGCUCGUUCGGAUGAGCUGACGCGUCACUACAGGAAACACACGGGCGCCAAACCCUUCCAGUGUGGCGUCUGCUCACGCUCCUUCUCCCGAUCGGAUCACCUUGCCCUGCACAUGAAGAGACACCAGAACUAGCAACGUUUUGCACACAUGCUCAAACAUACAAGCAUCUUGACAAAACAUAAAGCAUUCACUCCGUGUCCCGCAGCUACAUGAGCUGCCUGAUGCAGAGUGACUUUCAAUGACAUCACAGCUCUUUCUGGUGCUGCUGUCGUGGGCUAAAACACUUCAAUAGCCUAACAAACAGGUUGCUCUUAACGCCAAGUGGAACAAUUUGGAGGUUUUAAAGUAGGAAGAUGGUGGCCAGAUGAUCUUCUGGUCCCUUAACCACCAGAUACACAUAUUAUAGAUGUGUUUGGGCAAAUGAAAAGAUGAGAUGGGGUGUGACUGGAAUGAAUUAAAACAGCAUCUUUUUUUGUCUUUAUUGUAACAUAGAACUGGCUUAAUUUUCUUUUAUAAAAGAGAAGCUUUUGUUCGCAAAACUAGUCAAGCCAAAUCUUUGUUUACUCAUUGAUUUGUUAGUUUCUCUCUAGAACUGGAAUGUCCAGGUUUGUAUUCUUUACCAAAUCCUUAGAUUUGCACUAGAAUUGGUAAUCUAAGCCUCAGCCUUUUUGGCCCAAGUAUCUCAUUCACCACUGGAACGAUCAUUAUCACUACUGGACUACAUCUCUGUGUGCACCACACAAAUCAUUGCUGUUCAGAUAUUAAAAAUUGAAGGCAUUUGUACUCUGGAGAGAGGGAAGAGAGAGCAGGGAAAAAGUGAGAGUGUGGGGGUGGAGAUGGAGAUGGAGAGAAAGACCGAGAGGGAGAAAUUUUUGAUUUUAGAGAGAGGAGAUUGGAAGACGAUUGAGAAACAGAGGGAGGUGGAUGGAUGCUAAAGAGCAGCAAUUAGAUGAUGAAUUAUUCAGGUCGUCUUUUGAUGGAUUUCCAACCAGAGAAAUGUAAGCAGAACCCAUAGACGUGUUCUAGGACUCAUUCAGUUAAUACAGAAUCGACAGUAUUUGAUGCACAAACUUGAAUGUGCACUGAAGUGUCUUCAAAAUGCAGCAUGCUAUUAGUGUAGAUCAGUCUCACCCAGCGUUUUACUUCUGUUAAUUGUUUUAACCAAAGCAUCAUGUCCAACACAUCGCCAACACCUUAUUAAGUGCCUCUUUCUCUCAUUUAUGUGUUUUUGUUCUCUAGUAGCAGAGCUGUGAUGAGUGUAGUCAAUCAUUUUAAAAACAUGGUGCUUUUUAAGAAAAGAAAAACUAAAUCUGUUAAAUCUCUAGGUUUAGCUUUGAAAAGGUAAAUCUCUUGAAUUAUAUGGUAGCCACCCUUGUGGUAAUGUAACAGCACAGAUCUGGCCACUUCGCGGACAUCCUGGGAUGCUCUGGCUCUACGGAGCUAUCUUGGCUCUAACUACUCAUGGACACGUUUUGUUAAAGGACGGGUUCACUUUGUUUUUUUUGUUUUUUAAAAUUUAUUAUUAACUUGUUGAAACUUUGGUUCAGCUUCUAAAGUUGAAGAUUAGUUUCUUUUCCCCCCACAGAAUAUUGAAUUUGCCCAAUUGCUUGCAUUGAAAUCGCUCCCCAAAGGGAUCUCGUCAAUCACCAACUCUUUUAAUGUACAUAUGGAUAUGGAGUAUUGUUUAAAACAAAAAAAAAGCAUAACAAAAAAGUGUGAACCUAUCCUUUAAUGUACGCCUGAAUGUCCAUUUGAUGGGGAGAUUUAGCCUGCACUUAUAACUGUAUUUGUUCAUUCACUGCAGGUAGCAUAUCGAUAAUAUAGCACUGUAAUGUAUAAUGGUAAAUCUGACUAUUUAUUUGAUUGUGUAGAAGCAGGGGUUGUAUCUGAUCAACCGUCUUUUUUUUCCCCAGCAAAAAUGCCUUAAUGUAAAUAUAUGCACUGUAAAUACAUUUUUUUUGUUCGUUUUCCUCUUUUGUUAUUUUUUUGUAAACAACAGGGCAAACAGAGGAAAAAUGCCCCGCAUCCAAAAAUAUUUGAGCCUUUUUUCUUUGUUUUUUUCUUCUUGUCAAACCUAUUUUGAUGCCAUUGUUUUAUAUAUUGUCCUUCCAGCAACUUAUUUUAUAGAUGCUUUUUUUUUUUUCUUCCAUGGUUAAACGUUCCAAAGACAAAAGUUGUUUUUCUUCAACUGAGUGAAGCUGAUGCUAAUAAAGUCAACUGACACUUUUACAGA